UGUGGUUGUGAGGAGCAGCAUGGAAGAUUGCUUGUCAAAGUUCAAGACGAUCAUUGAGCUUGCUGUGAAGAAAACUGAAGUGGAUACGGUCCAACUUGAUAUACCAAGACCACGUAGUAGAAGCUGAAAGUGUGACGCGGCGUCUGGCGCGGAGAUAUGGAGCUCCUGCAAACGGACAAGUUCUAUAUCUUUAAUAAGGGGGAAAAUUCUCUAUGGUGCAACCGGAAAACUGGUCAAUUCGAAGCUAAAACAUGUUGGGACUUGGCAUCUGCUGAAAACCCCACCUGCCUUGGGAUUGUGCAGCUUCUCCUUGGCAAACUCCAGAUCCACCCAGACUUAUCAUCCCGCCUGGUGUUGGUGAGUGGAGCAAGGAAGGUGGGGACUUUGAGUGAAGGUCAGAAUGUUUACUGCAUUACCCGGGUGGUGUUCCUGCCUCUCUCCUCACCUCUUGACACUGAGCUCAACCUGCAGCAGUGCAAGAAACAUGCCAAUCAUCCAGGAGGCUCUGCAGGAGAACGGAAGUUGGGCUUACCCUUUUCCGACCUGCAGCAGAAAGUUGCUCUCUCCAAGACCUUUGGGACCAUUCGUAGUGUCACUUCCUCAAUCAAGUCUGCCACUGUCAGUGCAGCAGCUUCAGCAGCAGGCCAGGGCAGCAAGGUCCGCAGAGAGACUCGGGACAAGGAACGGUAUGAGCGGCGCGUGUUAGAUGAGCUCACCAAAAUGUUCAAUGACUCAGACUCUUUCUACUACUCCACGGAUACUGACCUCACCAGCUCCCUCCAGCGGCAGAGUGACCCAGAGUAUGACUUUAAUCUGCCACUGUGGCGCCGGGCAGAGGAUGACUACUUCUGGAACAGACACUUGCUGGGAGACCUAAUAGAGCAAGAUAACCCGAAUCUUGAUGUGUGGAUUGUGCCAGUGAUACAGGGCUUUGUGCAAACAGAAUCAGUGCCUCUUGAAUCAGCCCCAACAACCCCUGAUGGCUCACAGAAGAGUCAGCAAGAUGAGUACAACCUGACCCUGAUAUCCCGGAGGAGUCGGCACCGGGCAGGGACAAGGUAUAAGCGGCGAGGGGUGGACGAGGAGGGUCGGGUGGCUAACUAUGUGGAAACGGAGCAGAUCAUCUCCUACUCCCACCACAGGGUAGCCUUUGUACAGGUCCGAGGAUCAGUGCCCGUGUUCUGGAGUCAACCAGGGUACAAGUAUCGCCCACCUCCUAGGCUGGACAAAGAUCCAACAGAGACUGCAACCGCCUUUGGCAAGCACUUUGACGUGGAGGUGAAGCGCCACGGCCAUGUCUCAUGUGUAAGCCUAGUAGAGCAGAGUGGCAAGGAGAAGGUGAUAGCUGAUGCAUUCCUCAACAACAUCCUCACACUUGACUCCCCUUCACUCACCUUCAUCACCUUUGACUUCCACGAGUAUUGCCGAGGAAUGAGAUAUGAAAAUGUGUCAGUGUUACUCGAGGGCAUUGAGGAGCUAAUCACCAAGAUGCUCUACUGCUGGGUGGACAAAGAAGGCACCAUCUGCAGACAGAAUGGUGUCUUCAGGAUCAACUGCAUAGAUUGUCUUGAUCGGACCAACGUAGUCCAGACAGCCAUUGCGAAAUCUGUGUUAGAGAGUCAGUUCGUGAAGCUGGGCAUGAUCCCCCCCGAGCACCCAUUGCCACCGGCCUGCCGCUCCAUCCUGCAGGUGAUGUGGGCCAACAACGGCGACACUAUCAGCAAGCAGUAUGCCGGCACCUCCGCCCUCAAGGGAGACUUCACCCGGACAGGGGAGAGAAGGUUUGCUGGGAUGAUGAAGGACGGCAUGAACUCUGCCAAUAGAUACUAUAGGAAUCACUUUCUUGACACUUACCGGCAAGUAGCCAUUGAUGUGAUGCUGGGGUUGGAGCUCUCAAACAGUCAGUGGCAGGAGAUAGACUAUGUCGAGACUUUGCUCAGUGUAGCAGGUGCCUUAAUGCCUAUUGGUCCGCCAAGUUACAUGGCCGAGAUCGCCCCGGCCAGUGAAAAAUACCUAGCAAGUGCUCUCUAUUCCCUCUCCAGGUAUUACAUGAAUCGCUUCAAGGAUGCCUACAGACAAGCAACUAUUGACCACCUCCUGGGUAAUCCAGUGACUGAGGACAUCAUGAACCUAGAGGCCUCAGGAGAGGAGGAAGAGUCCUCCAUGACACCUGAGCAUGUGAAGCAUGUAAUUGAUGACUGUAAGAAGCUACUGGUGCCUGAUGCUGAGACCAUCCUGGGGGCGUGGGGACUUAUUGAUGCCGACCCAUCGACUGGGGACCCGGACCAAAUCGACAUGGACAUCAUCCUGGUGCUAACCCGAGACUCCUAUUACGUUGCCCAAUAUGACGAGGAGGCUGACCAGAUUUUACAUUAUGAACGAGUCUCUCUCAUUGACCUGGAGAAGAUUGAAAUGGGUCCUCACACAUGCCAGGCAAUGUUCAAGCAGUCUCGGCCGCACCAGUGCAUCCGCUUCAAUUACCUUGUGGAUGGCCAGGGUGGCUACUUCCACAUGUUACGCUCCAUGAACAUUCGCUUCUUCAACAACAUGGCUAUUCCGAUCAAGUCGGACGAGGAGACUGUUGAAUCGGUGAAAGCCAUUGGAGAAACAUUUGAGGUAGCUUGUCAAAUAAUGGGAUGUGAUGUUGUGUUGGUGACUGGCAAAUUGGAAAAGAAGAGAAGUAGGAGGCGGAAUCAACUGGCAAAUUUCCUCAACCCUCUGGCUUCUCUCACCAAGACUUCUCCUGACACACUUAAAACUGCUGGGAGCCGUGCUUUCACCAACGUUACAUCAGGGCUUGCCAGACUCAAUCCUAUGUCUACUCUGCGUCUUAAGCGGCCCUCCUCUGUCACUGGUCACCAACCAUCAGCCAAGUUCUAUAUGCAGAAACCACCUGUGUGUGUGCAGGAUGUUGGACAGGAUGAGUUAGCAUCCCUGGGUGGAAGUGAAACCCAUCUAGCCUCAUGUGGGGUUUUGGCCUCUAGCCUCAUGUCUGCAGCAUAUCCCCCCAGGUACCUCUCACCCCCAUUAGUGCGUUGCCAGAGUGAUUCAGCCCUCCUUCGAUCCCAUCCAGGAGAACAAGUCCCAGCCAAUCCUUCCCCCAACCCUGAAAUCCUGGUGAGUGGAACUGUGGAGACUUCUCACUCACCAUCCAUCACUCCAACCUUUGGGGGUCUCUCUCCUACCCUCCUUAUGCAGAGAGUGCGGAAAAUCUCCCAUUCUUCUGAUGAGGUAGAUGUGAGGGAUGAAAGGGAAGGGGGAGUGGCCCGAGCCUCUUCCGCCACCGACCUACAGCUCCAUCUUCCCUCCAGUCACUCUGAGGGCCACAUUGGAACAUCAUCAGGUUUAGGAAAUACAGGAGGAGAGCUAACUAGUCUGGUUUCUCCUCUGUCUUCCCUUAACAAGGAAGCAGUGCUGGCGCCCUUCUCUGUACUGGCCCGAGGAAUGCAGAGUCUAGCCCCGGGAGCAGGGCGGCUGGCUCGAGGCAUGCAGAGCAUUGGUGUGAACUUGGACCCCAGGCGUUUGCGUGCACAGCGACAAAGGCAGCUGGAGGAAGAUCCAGUAAUGAAAGAAAAGAAGAUGCAGUGUAAGACAAAGAUAAUUCAAAUUUAAAAUAUUUAAGCAAAAGUUCAAUUUAAAACGAGGUUGAUAUAUACUGAUUUAAAUUAAUGAUGCUUUUUCUCACAAUUAAGAUUUGGUGUGAUAUUCAUUUAUGUAGCAGCCAGAAUUUAUAUUUAUCCAAGUAAGAAAGAGAAUACUUUUAUAUCAAAAUGUUCAGCUUUACAGAUUUGCAAAAUGGCAAGGAAGUGAAAAUAAGAGGUUGGAAAAACUGAUAAUUAGGUGCAGUAUGUGUUUUGAAGAUCAAAUGAGCAAUUUUCUAAUUUAAGAAUCCUCUUUAAAACAGGAAAUUUGAGUCAAUGGAAAUAAUAGCACUACUGGUUUCACAAGCACUAUAAGAAUUGAGCCAGUGUGUAGGCUAUUAUUCUUAUGUGCAGGAAAUAACAGUGAAAGAAAUAUAGUUUGAGCAGAGCAAUUACAGUCAUCGAAUUUUAGCAAAGAAUCUUAUAAUAAGCUUGACUUUCAAAAGACUUUCAAGGGUUUUGUAUGGUAUAUUUGAAAUACAUAAAUACAUAUAUGUCACAUUUCUUAGCAAUAUGGUUCAAAUGUGGACCUUUUGAUGAAUAUGAUGGCAUUUCCUUACAUAAUGACAAUACAAUGAAGCAGAAUGUCAUGGUAAUAAUGCAAAAUGCUGGUAAUGUGUCAGGUAUUUAUAAAUCUUCGUAAACUUGCUAGUUCUUAAAGUAACUGCUCAAAGAGAUGUGAAUUGAUUUCUAAACAUUCCAAACCAACUAUCUCUUCACUGAUCUCACUGGACUUGGUUUAUCCACCAACAUUUUCCUCCCUCAAAUUCCCCCGUAUUAGCCUGGUUUUAUGUAGGUCUUCCAUGAGCUCCCCUCCUCCAGGGUGUCCGGUGAGGCCCAGCACUUGGGAUCCUUCAUCCUCAACACAUUCCAGGAACAGUUCAGAUGCAAUGUUAGAUUUUGUUUUGUAAGAUAGUAUAUGUAAUUAUAUUUUCAUGUAUAUAGAGAAAUGUAUGAACAUAUAUAAAAAGUAUAUUAGCACUUUUACAAAAGAACUCAAGAAUUUAGCAUAGAAGGAAGAAGUCAAAUAUUUUAGCAUGAUCAGUAUAGGUUUUUGUGGAAAGAAACACAAGGUUUUGAAACACAGAUAUCACUUUUAGUAGAUAUCACUCGCAGCUUUCAUUUUAUUAGAAUUCAUCACAUUUUUCUUUCUAUAACGUAUUUUCUCCUCAUAAUCAGGCUAACAACUGGAGCACAAGUGUUGGUCAAGAGUAGGUUUUGUUUUUUUCUGCAUCUAUGGGUUCAUCCAGUGGAGCAUAGACUAGCUGUGAGGUGUUACUUCAUUUCCUGUUGAUUUUUUCUCUUUUUGUUUUUAGAUCUGUUAGGUAAUUAAUUUAUAGUUUUAAUAGUCACUUAGGAGCUUGAGUGAGUGAUUGACCCUAAACAUUAUAAGACUAUAUCAACAGUAUAUCAGAAAGUCAGCCAUUCAUAUCACUAAAAUGUAUUUAUCUCUAGAGUCGUCAUAAAUGUGUUAGUGCCACCGUUAAUGCCACUUGUUCCACUACUGCCUUAGUAACCAAGCAGUGUAUAUGAAGCUAUUUGCCAUGUGCCAUCCCUUCCCCCUAACUCUGCCUGAGGGAGCCUUCUGUCACUGUCAAAAUGCACUUUAUUACUCAGAUUAUGCUUUUGCUUUUACUUAUCUUUGUCUGUUGAUAUAGUUCUUCAAGGUCACUUUUUUUUUAAGACACCAGAAGAACCUGCUCAUGUUACAUUGCUGCUUAGGUUGGUAGAGCAUAACUUAGCAGACUAGAAAAGAACUGUAGCUGUCAAAAUACCAAGUAAACUUGUAGAACUUCUUAAAAGAGUUUCUUGCAAAUUUGUACACACACACACACACACACACACACACACACACACACACACACACACACACACACACACACACACACACACACACACACACACACACACACACACACACACACACACACACACACACACACACACACUUUCCCUUAACAUAUAACUUAUUUCCCUUUCCUUACAUAAAUAUUUGCCUUUUUACUUACAUUUUGUAAUUAUACCUUCCCUGUACACAGGGAGCAUUAUCCAGAAAGCAAAGUAGAACAAAUAAUCCAA